AUGAAUGGAAGCAAUUUGAAUACCAAACUCCUAGUUCUUGAUGGCAAAAACUGGAACAGAUGGAUGAUUCAAAUGCGUGUAUUAUUUCGUGCUCAAGAUGUGCUAGAUCUUGUCACUGAAGGAUAUGUUCCGGUUGCAGUAGAUGCAACGGAAGAAGAAAAGGUAGCGCAGAGAGAAACGAGGAAGAGAGAUCAGAAAGAAUUACUGUUUGGCAAAAAAGGAAGAAAAUCAGAAGAAGCAAAUAUAGUUAGAGGUGAUUCAGAUGAUGAACCUGUGCUAUUAAUGGCUUAUGAAUCUGAUGAGGAACUUGUGAGUUUGUCGUUUUCUAAUGCUGAAGGGGAAGAAGAUAGCUCUGAAUACUCUGAAGGAGUGUUUUUAUAUGAUUCAGAGUCAGAAGAUGACAUUGAAGAUUAUGAAGAUGAAUCAGAAUCUGAGGUUUCGGAAGAAGUGUCAGAGUUAGAAGAUGACUCUGAAGCUGAAGACAAGUUAGAACGUGAAGGUUCUGAAGAAGAAUCAGAAGAUGAGUUAGAAUCUCAUGGAGAUUCUGCUUCUGAAGGGGAGUCAGAACGUGAAAAUUCUGAUGAUGAUCCAAAAUCUGGUGGUGAUCAUACUUUUGGAAGGGAAAACUCUGAUGAUGUGGAGUCUAGAGGACAAGCUUCCAAAGAUGAUAAUGUUUUUGGUGUUAAUCAUGACGUUGAAGGUGGAACUUCAGAAGUUUCAAGUUUAUUUGUGUGA